GCAUAGAUAUCGCUCGUCUUUUAAAUGCUAAUGAGUUUGCAGAAAAUUUGUGGUUUUAUUCCAGUUAUAGGAGCGCUUCGUCGAUCAUGUUACAAUAGUACCCGGAAGAACAUAUUACUCGAUGAGAAUACCAGACUAAUAUGCCAAGGGUUUACCGGAAAACAGGGGACUUUCCAUUCUCAACAAACUAUUUCCUACGGCACGAAGCUGGUUGGUGGUGUGUCUCCUGGAAAAGGUGGCAAUAUUCACCUUGGAUUACCUGUUUUCAACUCAGUAAUGGAAGCUAAAGAAGCUACAGGUGCGACAGCUACUGUUAUUUACGUACCACCGCCACAUGCUGCUGCAGCUAUUCACGAAGCCAUCGAAGCACAGAUUCCUUUGAUUGUCUGUAUAACCGAAGGUAUUCCGCAACAUGAUAUGAUACGCGUGCGAAAGCGUCUUACGGAGCAGUCUGCUUCCAGACUUAUUGGACCAAACUGCCCGGGGAUAAUAAAGCCAAAUGUGUGUAAAAUUGGUAUAAUGCCUGCACAUAUUCACAAGCCAGGAACAGUGGGCAUUGUAUCCAGAUCCGGGACACUAACGUAUGAAGCAGUCUUCCAAACUACACAGGUUGGUCUUGGUCAGUCUUUAUGUGUUGGGAUCGGUGGCGACCCAUUUAAUGGGACAAAUUUUGUUGACUGUCUCGAGGUAUUUUUAAGUGACCCUAGUACUGAAUCAAUUAUUUUACUUGGUGAAAUUGGUGGUGAGUCAGAAGAACAAGCUGCCGAGUACUUGAAACAACACAAUAGUGGUCCGAAUCGUAAACCAGUUGUAUCUUUCAUUGCUGGUGUUACAGCGCCACCUGGACGUCGUAUGGGUCAUGCUGGAGCUAUCAUUUCUCUGGGCAAAGGGGGUGCUAAGGAGAAAAUGGCGGCUUUAGAAAGUGCUGGUGUUCUUGUCACUCCUUCUCCAGCUCAGCUGGGUAAAACCAUUUUGAAAGCUAUUAGUGAACAUUCGCGUUCAUGAAGGAUCUGUUCUGUAGUAAAGUUUUUCAGAGUUUACCGGAGAUUAUCAUUCAUAUUCUUCCUCUGCUCUGCACAAAUUUCGUUUCCAUUUCAAACCACAUGAAGAUUGAAUGAAAAUCAAGUUGCUUUUUUUGGAAGCCGUCUUUCAGAUUCACUUAUCAGCUAUGAACCUCUUUCAGUAUUCAUCUUACAUCGUUAUACUCUCAACAUUCAACAUAUCUACUUUAGUGAAUAAAUAAGUGUUUAGGUUUUAAUUUUUGAACCUUAUAUCGUUAUAUCUUCCCUUGUAUAGGUUUUCGAUUUUUGAACUACCGUUUUUCUGUAUUCAGACUGAUUAGAAUUUAUUCAUCUGUAACUUAUUUCAUAGUUGAUUGAAAUAAUGGUCAUUGAAGUGAUACUGAUAAAUGUUUUUCGAUUAUUGUCUGAUGAAUGAUAAUAGAUAAAGGGAGGUUUCAACAUGACUUGUAUUACCUUUGUGGUGGAAGUUCAUAAUUAUGCGUUUGUCUUAUUGACGUUAUUAUCUUGGAAAUUAUAAUUAUGGAAGGAAAUUAAACUUUUGGCGGUAACUUUUUAUUUUUC